UUCACACUCUUCUAAAACCCUAACUUUUUUCAGCCAACACUUAAAACCUCGCCAUCUUCUCUCAUUCUGUUCCUCUCAAAGUCUCUGUGAGCACCUCCCAGUUUAGGAAGGAAGGAAGAAGAAGAAUAACGGUAUAAACUCCUAUUAGGUGUUGCAGGGAUUUUAAUUUAAACAAAACAAAAAUGUUAGUAUUGUUUGAAACCCCUGCAGGGUUUGCCCUGUUUAAGGUUCUGGAUGAAGGAAAGAUUGAUCAAGUUGAGGAUUUGUGGAAGGAGUUCUCUACAUCAGAUGCAGCUAGAAAGAUUGUAAAGUUGAAAGCUUUUACAAAGUUUGAAAACACCUCUGAGGCUUUGUCCACUGCUACUUUACUUAUUGAUAGCAAACCAAGCAAGGGUCUUCGUAAGUUCUUGAAGGCUCAUUGCGAUGGAGAAAGAUUGGGAGUAGCUGAUUCUAAACUAGGAAAUGCCAUCAAGGAGAAACUGCAAAUUGAUUGCGUCCAUAACAACGGAGUAAUGGAGCUGAUGAGAGGUGUCAGAAGCCAGUUGACUGAACUUAUUUCAGGCCUUGGUGUUCAAGAUUUGGCUCCAAUGAGUUUGGGUUUGUCUCACAGUUUGUCCAGAUACAAGCUAAAGUUCAGCCCUGAUAAGGUGGAUACCAUGAUCAUUCAAGCUAUUGGUUUGUUGGAUGAUCUUGACAAAGAGCUUAAUACAUAUGCGAUGAGGGUUAGGGAAUGGUACGGAUGGCACUUUCCAGAGCUUGCAAAGAUUGUAUCAGACAAUAUCCUGUACGCCAAAGCAGUUAAGCUGAUGGGCAACCGUACAAAUGCUGCUGAUCUUGAUUUCUCUGAGGUCUUACCAGAAGAGAUUGAGGCUGACUUGAAAGAGGCAGCUGUCAUCUCCAUGGGAACCGAGGUCAGUGAAUUGGAUCUGAUGAAUAUCAAGGAGCUCUGUGACCAGGUGUUGUCACUUUCCGAGUAUAGGGGUCAACUCUACGAUUACUUGAAAAGUAGAAUGAACACAAUUGCCCCAAAUCUUACUGCCCUUGUUGGAGAGCUUGUUGGAGCUCGUCUUAUUGCUCACGGUGGUAGUUUGUUAAACCUUGCUAAGCAACCUGGAAGCACUAUCCAGAUUCUUGGUGCAGAAAAGGCCCUCUUCAGAGCUCUUAAGACAAAACAUGCUACUCCCAAAUACGGACUUAUCUACCAUGCUUCUUUAAUUGGCCAAGCUGCCGCAAAACUUAAGGGAAAGAUGUCUAGAACUCUGUCAGCCAAGACUGCAUUAGCCAUCAGAUACGAUGCUCUUGGGGACACUCAAGAUAACUCCAUGGGUCUGGAAAAUCGUGCCAAGCUUGAAGCACGGUUGAGGACUCUUGAGGGUAGAGACUUGGGUCAUUCUGCUGGAUCAACUAAAGGCAAGGCCAAGAUAGAAGUGCAUCACAAAGACCGGAAGAAUGGUACAGGAGCUCUCAUAACUUCUGCACAGACCUACAAUCCUUCAGCUGAUGCAGUACUAGGAACACCAGCACCUAUGGAAGUAGAGACAAAGGAACCAGCUGCUGACAAGAAAGAUAAAAAGAAGAACAGGAAAGCUGAGGUUGAGGAGAAAGAGGAGGAGGAAACACCUAAGAAAGAAAAGAAGAAGAAAAAAAAGGCUGCAGAAGCUGAACAGGGUGUUGAGCAAGAAGACGGGGAGGGAAAGAAAAAGAAAAAGAAGAGAAAGCAUGAGGAAGAGGCAGAAGCACAAAGCCAGAAAAAAGACAAAAAGAAGAAGAAGAAGAAGAGUGAUGACUGAUGUUCGGGUGUGAUUGAUAAGUUCUUGCAAGUUUCUCUUCAGUUUUAGUUUUCUUGUCUUUUGGAUUUUGACUCUCACUGCUGCGGCCUUUAAAUCUUAUUAUGUCGAGUUAAAAACCUAGAAUGGAGCAUGACUGUUGAUCUUUACUUUCUACUAUCAAAAUUGAUCUAUUGGCACUUCAAUUCUCGGGGGUAACAAUGCAACUUACUGAAACUGGUGGUUCUGUGUGUUUAUGCAGUACUGGAAGAAAUAUUCUGCGAUUGAUCUGAAGUUGUAUCAAAACUGCCACCUUCCCCCGACAAAUGACGCUGCCAUUUUGAUCAAAAGCUGAAGACGUAUAAAUGAGUUCUCUUACAUUUUGAAAUCCUGCUUUGCUUUUCAUUAGUUGAGUAGGAACUGUUUUUUCUUUUUUCUUCUUUUUUUUGUUUGUUUAAUAGUUACUGUACUGAAACAGUUCUCUUUAGUAUUUGAGGAAGUAGGGUAGUUGAUUUAUAUAGUGAGGCGAUAUGCAAUGUAUAACUCUUUCCGACAACUUUCUGAGAUUUACGUAGCAUAUUUUAAAUCCAUUCAAUGGUA